AUGCACCUCCUCCUCUUCCACCUCCUUUCCCCGCUCUCCCUCCUCAUCCCCUCCAUCUCAGCCUGCAACUCCUACUGCGUCUGCCUAGGAGCUAACGGCAGCACCUUCGACUGCUCCGUCACCGUCCGCGGCUGGUACCAACACGACUCUCAUGGAUUUGUGGAGUUUUUGUACCAUUCCGAGUCUUCCAUCACAACGAUUGUGCGAAAGACUUGGAGCGUUAGAGUGGGUGGCCGUGUGAGACAUACGCAACUGAGAGAAGCAAAGCGUAAAGUCCAAGCGGGACUACGGACUCGAGUUGAGGGCUUGCGGAGAAAGAUGGCAAUGUUGGGUGUGGGUGGAAGACGCCGUGCUUCGAAGGAGUCUUUUCGAAACACGGACGCUCGUGGCUCCCUUUGUGUCCAGCCCGUGUUCAAUGCAGCAGAUCGUGCCUUGAUAGUAGGCGAAUUGGGACCGUAG